CCAGUAUUAUCAGUUGUUUGGACAGCGCAAAGGUAUAAACUAGAGAAAAAGCGACCAAAAGGUGGCGACAGAUAGUAUAUCUGUGUUAUUAUAAUUAAUAAUAUUCUUUUCACAAUCCUGCAUAUCUUUCCUUCAUUUUUUUCGACUGAAUAGUUCGACAAAUAAAUAAGCAAAAUGCAAGCUGUACGUAAAUGUGCACAGUGUGCCACUCGUCCUGCCGGCGGACUUUUGCAUACCAGGACGGAUGUUUUACUGCUGCGCACCAACAUGGCGGCGCUCAGAAGAGGCGCAGCUUGUCUCAGCUUUCUAAGGAGCUCUGCGAGUGUCCUUAUCAACAAGAGAAAACCCACAGUCCAGAGGUUGGGCGGGUGGACAGAUGUUGUCCGUACAAGUAUAGCGUCGUUGAGCGUUGGAAGCGGGCUGUGCGCUAUUCCUUUUACCCAGCAUGUGGAAAAUCUCUCACACGACUGCUUGAUCAAAAGAGCAGCGUCGCUGGUUACCGACAGUGCGAGCACUUACCUCUCCCAGACCACCCUGGCUCUCAUAGACGCCCUGACCGAUUAUGCCAAGGCGGUGCACACACUCAUUGGUCUCCAGAGACGUUACUUGGCUUCGCUAGGGAAGCUGACGCCAGCAGAGGAGGACUCCAUUUGGCAGGUCAUCAUAGGUCAGCGCUCAGACGUUAGUGACAGACUGGAGUUGUGCAAGCGCUUUGAGUCGACCUGGACUAACGCACUCAACCUGUGUGAAAUGGCCGCCGAGGCAGCGUACACAUCAGGAGCGGACCAGGCAUCCAUCACUGUGAGGACCCACAUUAAUUUGGCCCAGACGCAGGUCAGCGAGGUGCAGAAGAUCUCGAAGGAUGCCGAGAAGAAGCUGGCCGAGGCCAAGGUGGAGGAGAUCGAGAGGAUGGCGGAGUACGCGGGGCUGCAGGUGGACCACGAACUCCCUGAGGCCUACCUUCGAGAGGACUGAGCCAACAACAUGAAUAAUAAGAGGGGGAAAACGUGAUGCCAUGAUGUUUGACUCAUGUUGGUGGUGGGGGGUCGUGUUUAUUCUUGUGUACCCUAAAGAUGAGAGACGGUUUUGCAAGAACAAUGUAGCGAUUACAAUGUUGUUUUAAUCACAAUCCUAUUUGUCUUUCUCCAAUGUUUACUUAUGUUUGACUUUUGCCUGUUACGUCUCCAAAAAAAUGCAUAGCAAAUGCAAAAUGGAAAUUGUAAACCCAAUAGGUGAAUCAAACACACUUAUUCAGUAACAUUUAAGAUUCUCUGUCUAAAAGGGUAAUUAUUAUUUAUAACUAUUUAUUUGAUUGGUAAUGUCUGGUUCUGUAAUGUGGAAGAUGAUUAUCUGGUGUGUAUUAUGUGGUUGUGAUACUGGAUGGGUCAGGGUUGAAUAAAGAGAACAUACCUUUUGUAACUGUUUUCACUAUAAUAAAUACUUUUUCAUACCAUAUUCUUCCUGAAUUAUUUUAUGA